GUGGAACUCGACUCCAAAUAUUCCAAUCGCACUUGUGGGCUGUGUGGCGAUUUCAAUGGCGUCCCAGUUUAUAGUGAGUUCAUUGAAUCAGGAUGGAAGGUUGGCUAUGCUGAGUUUGGUAAUAUGCACAGAGUUCCCAACCCAACACAUGCCUGCAAAGAUCCUUUUGAAACCGACGAUGAGCAAAAUGUGGUUAACAAAUGUGAAAAAUUUCAGGCAGAUUGUGCAGACCUUUUGAAGGAUGAAAAAUGGUCUUCUUGUAGCAGGGUUUUGAACCGUGAGCCGUAUAUCAAGGCCUGUACAAAUGAUAUUUGCUUACGUCAACCUGAAGAUGAAGACACCAACACUUCUGCGCUCUGUGCGACGUUGUCUGAAUAUUCACGUCAGUGCUCUCACGCUGGAGGAACUCCGCCGUCCUGGAGAACGGCAAACUUCUGUGCUGUGACAUGCCCGUACAAUAUGGUACAUUCUGAAAGCGGCUCCCCCUGUAUGGACACAUGCUCACACAAAGACACAAACACACUGUGUGAGGAACACAACAUAGAUGGCUGCUUCUGUCCGCCAG